GGGUGCCUGUUGCUGCUGCUGCUGCUGCUGUUACUGCUGCUGCUGUUGCUGCCGCUGCAGCCGCCGGCGGCAGAAUUGAUUGCAUCGUAAGAGGAGCAGGAGGACGCAGAGGGGCUCGAGAGCGGAGUGGAGCCUGCCCCGCAGGAUGGGCAGAAAGCUCGAGCCCUCCUCUCUUCCCUUCUCGCCUGGAGCUGGUCCACGGGGGCUGUCGCGGGGAACCUGCCCGACUCUAGUCCUGCUCCUGUCUCUGAGCCGCGCGGGGGAAGGCAGCAGAAUUCUAUGUCAGAAGUAAAAGAUUUGCUUUAAAAAAAAAGAAAAAGAGAAAAGAUUGAUUCAUCUGAAAUAAAAAAACCAGUGGUGACUCUCUGCAGUCUCCAAGACUUUUCUAAGAUGGAACCCAUAACGUUUACAGCCAAGAAAUAUCCAUUUCCUAGUGAGAUCUCAGUAGACUUCAGCCUUCAGCUGGUGGGCUCAUUACCUGUACAUUCUCUGACUACCAUGCCCAUGUUGCCUUGGGUAGUAGCAGAGGUCCGAAGACUCAGUACGCAGUCCUCCAAAAAAGAGCCUGUCGUCAAUCAAAUCCGCCUCUGUGUUUCUCCUUCCUGCCUCAAGUGUGAGCCCGACCCUGGGAAGAGUCAGCAGUGGGAUCCACUGAUCUGUUCCAACAUUUUUGAGUAUAAGCCCCAGCAGGUCCACAAACUGAUUCAUAAUAGCCAUGAUCCAAGUUACUUUGCUUGUCUGAUUAAGGAAAAUGCAGCAAGCCAGCAGAGUAUCUGUUAUGUUUUCAAGGCCGAUGAUCAAACUAAAGUGCCUGAGAUCAUUAGCUCCAUUAGACAAGCUGGGAAGAUUGCUCGCCAGGAAGAAUUUCAUUCUCAAUCUGAAUUUGAUGAUACAUUUGCCAAGAAGUUUGAAGUACUGUUCUGUGGACGAGUGACUGUGGCCCACAAAAAGGCCCCUCCAGCGCUAAUCGAUGAAUGUAUUGAGAAAUUUAAUCAUGUUAGCUGUGGCAGAAAAGCUGAGUUGGACUUACUGUCCCAGAAUUCUGAAGCUCUAAAUACUUUGGGAGGGUUUUCCUUAACUGAUAAGUUCCGAUCUGUCUUCCAACCAGGAGGCAAUGUGGAACAAGACAGAAAACCAAUUAGGAAAUCUUUUUCUCAACCUGGAUUGCGUUCUUUGGCUUUUAGGAAGGAGUUUCAAGAUGCAGGCCACAGAAGUAGUAGUUUUUUUGGUGGCUCUUUUGAGGAAAAUGACAUUCAAAGCCAUCUGAUCAGUGGACAUAAUAUUGUGCAGCCAACAGAUAUUGAAGAGAAUCGGACUAUGUUAUUCACGAUUGGCCAGUCAGAAGUUUACCUCAUCAGUCCUGACACCAAAAAAAUAGCAUUGGAGAAAAACUUUAAGGAGAUUUCCUUUUGCUCUCAGGGAAUUCGACACGUGGAUCACUUUGGAUUUAUCUGCAGAGAGUCUUCUGAAAAUGGAGGUUUUCAUUUUGUUUGCUACGUUUUUCAGUGUACAAAUGAAGCCUUGGUUGAUGAAAUUAUGAUGACUCUGAAACAGGCUUUCACUGUUGCAGCAGUGCAGCAGACCUCCAAAGUUCCAGUUCAGCAGUGUGAAGGAUGCCCUAUGCAAUGCCUGCACAAACUUUGUGAAAGAAUAGAAGGGAUGUCUUCUUCCAAAACUAAGCUGGAGCUCCAGAAGCACCUCACAACACUAAAUAAUCAAGAACAAGCAAUGAUUUUUGAGGAGGUUCAGAAAAUAAGGCCAAGAAAUGAGCAAAAGGAGAAUGAACUGGUUAUUUCUUUCCUGAGAUGUUUAUAUGAAGAAAAGCAAAAAGACCACAUUCAUAUUGGAGAAGGAAAGCAGGCAUCACAGAUUUCAGCAGAGACUAUUCGAAAUGAAUUACCAACCAGUGCCACUCGGUUUAGGCUUGAUAUGCUGAAAAGUAAAGCAAAGAGAUCAUUGACAGAGUCUCUAGAAAGUAUAUUAUCCCGGGGCAGUAAAGCCAGAGGGUUGCCAGAACAUUCUGGGGGUGUGGAUUUGGACAGCUCUAUGUCGAGUACAUUAAGUAACACCAGUAAAGAGCCAUCUGUGUGUGAAAGAGAGACUCCACCCCUCCCAGAAGGUUCUUUCAGGCACCUGGGAUCCUCAGUUGACCUCUCCAGUGACUCAGAGAGCCACUUGACUGAAGACCCUGCUCAGCUGUCGCCUCGACAGGAGUUCAGAAGGCGAGCAAACACUUUGAGUCAUUAUCCUCUCGAAUGUCACAAGUCCCCAGAGCCUCCAGAGGCAUCACCGAGUGUUCCACAAAGGAAACUUAUGAGGUAUCACUCAGUGAGCACAGAGACUCCUCAUGAGCGAAACCUGAACCCAGCUGUUGAUGAUUCUAAAAGCUGCUCAGGUCAGCCUUCUGCUCCUGCUCUCCCACCUCCUCGUCUUAAUCCCUCAGCCUCCUCACCAAAUUUUUUUAAAUACCUAAAACAUAAUUCAAGUGGAGAACAAAGUGGGAAUGCUGUGCCAAAGAGCAUCUCCUAUCGUAAUGCCCUGCGGAAAAAACUUCAUUCUUCUUCCUCUGUGCCAAAUUUUCUAAAAUUUUUGGCUCCUGUAGAUGAAAAUAACACCUCUGACUUUAGGAACGCAAAAAGGGACUUUGAAUCGAAGACACACCACCAUGAUAGUAACAGUGAGAACCCUUUGAAGACCCGGCGGCAUUCGUGGAGGCAACAGAUCUUCCUUCGAGUGGCAACUCCACAGAAAGGGUGCGAUUCUCCUAGCAGAUAUGAAGAUUAUUCAGAACUGGGGGAUCUUCCCCCUCGUUCACCAUUGGAGCCAGUUUGUGAGGAUGGUCCCUUUGGCCCUGUAGUAGAGGAGAAGAAACGAACAUCCCGAGAACUCCGGGAGCUAUGGAAGAAGGCAAUUCUACAGCAGAUUCUGCUGCUCAGGAUGGAGAAGGAAAACCAGAAACUGCAAGCUUCUGAAAAUGAUUUGUUAAAUAAACGCUUGAAGCUUGAUUAUGAAGAAAUCACUCCUUGUCUUAAAGAUGUAACUUCAGUAUGGGAAAAAAUGUUAAGUACACCAGGAAGGUCAAAGAUUAAGUUUGACAUGGAAAAAAUGCAUUCAGCUGUUGGGCAAGGAGUACCUCGUCAUCACCGUGGUGAAAUAUGGAAAUUCUUAGCAGAGCAAUACCACUUGAAACACCAGUUUCCAAGUAGUAAACAGCAGCCAAAGGAUAUUCCAUAUAAAGAACUCUUAAAACAGCUAACCUCCCACCAGCAUUCAAUUCUUAUUGACCUAGGACGUACGUUCCCAACACAUCCAUACUUUUCGGCGCAGCUGGGAGCCGGACAGCUGUCACUCUAUAAUAUUCUGAAGGCCUAUUCACUCCUAGACCAAGAAGUUGGAUAUUGCCAGGGUCUGAGCUUUGUGGCAGGUGUUUUGCUUCUUCAUAUGAGUGAAGAGGAUGCAUUUAAAAUGUUGAAAUUUUUAAUGUUCGACAUGGGACUCCGGAAACAGUACCGACCAGACAUGAUUAUUUUACAGAUCCAGAUGUACCAGCUCUCCAGACUCCUUCAUGAUUACCACAGAGACCUCUACAGUCACCUGGAAGAACAUGAGAUCGGCCCCAGUCUCUACGCUGCCCCCUGGUUUCUCACCAUGUUUGCAUCACAGUUUCCAUUAGGAUUUGUAGCCAGAGUCUUUGAUAUGAUCUUUCUUCAGGGAUCAGAAGUCAUAUUUAAAGUGGCUUUAAGUCUACUAGGAAGCCAUAAACCCUUGAUUCUGCAACAUGAAAACUUAGAAACCAUAGUAGAUUUUAUUAAAAAUACACUACCAAAUCUGGGCUUGGUGCAAAUGGAAAAGACCAUAAAUCAGGUGUUUGAGAUGGACAUCUCCAAGCAGUUACAAGCUUAUGAAGUUGAAUACCAUGUGCUUCAGGAUGAACUCAUUGAUUCUUCUCCGCUCAAUAGCAGCCAAAGAAUGGAUAAGUUAGAAAAGACUAACAGCAGCUUACGUAAACAGAACUUUGACCUCUUAGAAGAACUGCAGGUGGCAAAUGGGAAGAUCCAAAGCCUUGAAGCCACCAUUGAGAUUCUCAUGGCCAACGAGAACAAACUGAAACAGACAGCUUUGGCUUUAGAACUGGAAAGAUCAGCCCUUCUGCAGACGGUGGAGGAGCUACAGAAAAAAGCAGCUGAGCUGGGGAAUGGAGAUCCUAGUCUUGCCAAGCCAGAGCUCACAGAAGACAACUAAUGGCCGGCUGCCCUUAGUGAUUGGAUGAGCUCCCCCCUAAAAAAGGGACAAGGGAAAAACUACCUAGUCAGCAUCACCAUGAGGGCUUUCGCACCAUCUGCACGAAUGUCCAUGCCUUAGCCAAGUGAGACAGACAAGGGAAUUGGAUGUAGUAGAGAGAAACAUGUUUCUCAGGGAGGAAACUCUUGCUUUUGUUAUCAUGGAAAGUCUUGCCUAAAACAAAUGCAGUUUUUUAAAAAAGUUGGGAGGAGGAGAGAUGUUCAAUUACUUUUUUUCCUUCUUAGUCCCUAAAUCUUCUAUAUCCCCAUCCAUGCCGUUUACUAUACUCUAAAGAUUUAGAUAGCCCUUUGAUAUGAAUAAAUGCACUUUUAUGUUAUAAUGUAUUCCUGCAUUGUACUUCAGUACCCCCACAUGCAAAAUAAUAUGCAAAAUGCGGUUUUUCCAAAAUAAGACGGGAUGGAGGUGCUUCCUUUGGUGGGGAUCAUGGUGGAUCAGCCCUUGGAAGUAGUUUUCUGUGGUCAAACCCUUGGCAUCACUCAUGGGGUAACUCUUCUCCUGAGCACAUCUGGGGCACUGUUCAUCCAUGUUAUAAAUGACAGACAACCUUUGGAGCUGUCUGAGGUUAUUUGUGAAACUCCAGAAUCUUAGGUUUGAUUGUUAAUCCUUCAUAUUUGGGGGGAGGGAUUUUUUUUUUAUAAACAUAUUUUAUUAAAGGGUUUUUGUUGUUGUUGUUGACUGUUAAUCCUCUAUCCCUUUAGUACUGCUGACCAACCUAGAUGAUGAUUUCGUUUCAUGGAAAUAGCAUAAUUUUAGAGUCUGCCAAAUACUUCUGACUUUGCCAAAUGUAUCUGACAUUUACAGCUUUGUGUAGUGGGUUUAUCUCCAUAUUGUAAAGUGUCAUUUAUUUAUUUAUGCAUGGCUGUACCAUGUGAUACAGCCUAAUGCCCCUGCAUUUAUGUGUAUUUCAUUCCUUGGAAAACAGUAUUCUCAGAUAUUUUCAGACAUAAUAGGGAACUCAAUUGCCUUUUAAGCGUACCACAAUUAUUAUAAUAAUAAUUUAACAUUCACAUAGCCCUUCAUGGUUUACGAAGUACUUUCCCAUGACAUUGUCCUGUUAGACAGUUAACAUUAUGAGUGUUAUUCCCAUUUUAAGUAUGAGGAAACUGAGACUCAGAAAAGUUCAGUGAUUUGCCUAUUGUCACAGAACUAGUAAUCUUCAGAAUCAGGACUUAAAUUGAAUUCUCCUGACUACAGGUUCAGUAUACUUGCCACCAUACUAUACUAUCUCUCCUGCCUGUACUACUUCUCCCCCCUACCCCAAUGUAACAAAAUAAAAUGACGUUAGAUAUAUGUCUUCCUUAAAGUAUACCUUUCAACUUAGUCUCUGUGUUGCAAAGGACUCCUUCACAUUGCAAAAGUAAUUCUCAGGAUAAAAAUAUACUUUGUGUGAAAAUGCCCAUGGAAACUUGAUUAUUUUAAUAUCACAUAGGGUCUCCCAAAGACUUAUCUUUAAAAAAAAAAGUAUUGACUAUAAAAUAAAUAAAGCAUUAAGUUUGAGGAGGGACAGUGGAAGUUUAAAUCACUUCCCUUUUUUGUUUUAAUGUAUAUAUAAUUUAUAUUUGAUCCUUACAUUUUGAAAGCACAGCACAUCUCUCCUGUGCCAGAGAGGAGUCCUUCUGACUCUCCCUGGGUCAAUUGGAAAAGAACCUUUAGAGAAAAAAGCCUGGGGUAUUAAAAAAAAAAAAGAGUUGCAGACUUGGACUCAUUGUAGAUAUUGCGUACCUGCCAUUUCAGUAAGAGACAGAAGUUUUGUUCCUUCUGCUCUCGUCCUCCUGAGAAAACUCCCAGGAGUCUGUUCCUACUGGGGGCUUCUUUCCCCAUUAUUCAUUUUAUGCUCUGAAUGUAAUAUCCAGUCAUUUUGAUACCCCACUACUCAAGUACAUUGACUUUAGGUUAAGGAAACAAUAAAACAAUGAACCAUUCUCA